ACCAUUCUUACCUGUGCGCAAAUCCAACAGGAAUCUCACGUGCCGGAAACGGAAACUGAAUUUUAAAUCCUUACAAACAUGGCUACAUCGAUCACAAAAGAUCUCGCUAUAUACAAGCAACUGCGCAACGACUACUCGAACUUGAAGAUCUUGGCGAAUGCUUGCGACAUCGGGCAGGGCCAGUUUGAAAAAUGUAAAGAUGCAGUAAAAAUCGGAGUGAACUCAACGAGAAAGCUGUCGCGGGCUCAACGGUUGUGCGAUCUGCUUCGACUGUUGGAAACAAGAAACCUGCUAAGCAUGAUCAGCGUUGAACUACUCGUCCAGUUCGAUACUGCUCUAGGGGAUGCAAAAUAUUCGAAACAUUUAGAAAAUUACAGAUUCUUACUGAAGCAACACUACACGGCUGUUAGACGGUUGUACCUAGAAGAUCUUCGUCAUCGCGAUCGACGGACCUUACUGGAAAAGGAAAUUGAACGAGCCAAAUUGGGAGACCCAGAGUCGAGCAUUCCUGAGCAAAAGAAUGAACCCAGCAAGGGCCAAGAUGGCAGCUUCUCUGAGCACCGUCGAGCGAUCCAUCAACUGUUGAUCAAUGAAAUUGGUCGCGAUUGGAGUGCGCUGGGACGUCAUCUAAAGCUAAGUUCUGCGAAUUUGUUUGCAAUCGAGGAACGUCGGAUAAAAGAUGUAAAAGGCCGAAUUAGCGACAUUCUAGAGGAAGCCGAACAGAACUGCUCCGGUGAGCAGGCGUUUCUAGCUCUGCUUGGAGAGGCAUUAGUGAGCAUCAGAAGAAAAGAUUUAAAACGUAAAAUAGAUAAGAUGGUUAGCUGAUAAAGGGGGGGUUUCUUUUUUUAUGUGAACAGGAAGAGACUUCGUUCUAGAAAAGCAAGUAUAAUGAAUGGUUUUACAAAAUCAUUCAGUUUUGUUUAUAAUAAAAAUUAGGCAUAGAUAACUAUUAUUAUUGUGAAUUAUUAGUUGAUAAUCCGU